GGAGCUGGCACGUUUCCAUAACUGGCUCACUUACCGAUAGCUACUAGUUCCACUGGUUCAACUGGAGCUUGAUGCGAGAGCUGGUAUUAAAAUACUAAAUUCAAAGUGAAAAGCGCAACCAAACUGCAUUUUGAGAAUGGCUUUGCAUGACUCGUGAGUCGAAAAAGGUGGCUAUGGAUGACCAAACAGUAAACACUUAUAAACAAGUCGAAACGUCCCUCAAAGAGUUAACAUGGACAACGUUGAAGAAAUUCGUCAAAUAAUAGAGCGGUUUACGCGACAACGGCAGGAACAUAUACCCAAGGACUUGGAUGCCUAUUUUAGAUACGUUGCCAAGACCGGCGAUACUGUAUUUAAUUGGUCCAGCCUUAAGUACCUGUUCCGGAAGAAGUUGCUCCAUGUGAUUAACCACUUUGACGUGAACUCACCGCGUGUGGACGAAAUACCCCACUACCCUAAUGUAGAUCCGUUCAAUUAUGGGAGUUUGAAGUUAUCUCUAUUGGAGUAUCUGGAUUGGUUCAAGGCGGCUCCUUUUACGGUGCAGCGGUUGUGUGAGCUCUUAAUUGAUCCCCACAAGCACUAUUCUCGGAUAGAUAAGUACAUGCGCGCCCUAGAAAAAAACUUACUGGUGAUCAGCACCACUGAGCCGGCUACCAGCCGCACGGAGAACCAGCAUUUAUUUUCAAACGCGAGUAUUGAUGUCGAUAUGAUGAAUCAGCGUUUCGAUGAAGUAUUGCUGCCCCCGAUAAAAAUGGCCAAGUUAGAUGAUGAUCUCAGGACGACAGGCAGGUUGCCAAAAUCUGUCAUCUGUUACGCUCUGCAGGAAGAAGUCGAGGCUGUGGAGAAAGUUGAUAUUACCGAUAAGCAGUUCGGAGAGCAAGCUACUGGAGAUUCCAAUACCUUAAAGGCUGAUUAUUUUUAAAUUUUGAAUGUAAA